AUGCCGGUGGAUGCUGACUUCAACUGCACAGUCGUGGUGACACCUAGUUGUGAGCUGAAGGGUCUUCGUACUUGGAAAGACAUUUGCCUAGUUAGAAAUUCACUUUUUCAACAUCAGGAGGCGCUAAAAAAGAAGCAGCAACCACCUACGACGACGCCUUCACCGGUGUCAUCCUCAUUCGUACCAGCUCCAGUGCCCACUCCCGUGCCCGCUACGCCGCUCGCCGCUGCUGCACCCACAGUGCCUGCCCUACCUGCGCAAACGCACACGCAGACAGAUGUGAGGCCUUUAUACAUAUAA